GGAGCCCCCCCUGGGGGUGGGUUGCGGCUGGAAGCUGUGAUGGAGACCCUACAGAGGCAGCAAGCAGCCAGAUUAGCUCAAGGUGGGGUUCGACCCCCACUUCCUCUUUCAAUGCCCCCAUCCUUACCUCCCCAACGAUCCCAUCCAGUGGGUGUCAGGGCCCAGCAGUCUCCUGAAGAGGGGACUCUGGGGGGUACUGAAGAGGGUGAAAAUGAAGAGGAAAACGAGGAAGAAGAAGAGGAGGAAGAGGAGGCUAGGCCUCAAGGGCAACCUCUCCAUCCCAGCCCAGGACCAGGCCUAUCUGUGUCCUCUCCCAUCCAGCCUUCAGGCCCUCAGCAUCAUGAGUGGACUUAUGAGGAACAAUUUAAACAGCUGUAUGAGCUCGACGCCGACCCCAAGAGGAAAGAAUUCCUGGAUGACCUGUUCAGCUUCAUGCAGAAGAGGGGCACCCCAGUGAACCGCAUCCCAAUCAUGGCUAAGCAGGUUCUGGAUCUCUACGUGCUGUACCGGCUGGUGACGGAGAAGGGGGGGCUGGUGGAGGUCAUCAACCGGAAAGUGUGGCGGGAGGUGACUCGGGGCCUGAGCCUGCCCACGUCGAUCACCUCGGCCGCCUUCACGCUGCGCACCCAGUAUAUGAAGUAUCUCUACCCCUACGAGUGUGAGACUCGGGCGCUCAGCUCUCCAGGGGAACUCCAGGCGGCCAUCGACAGUAACAGGCGAGAGGGCCGACGCCAGACUUACGGGACUACCCCCAUCUUCAGCUUCCCUGCAGCGGGGCCGCCUCCUCCUCCUCCUCGGGGGACCCCAGCUACCACGUCAGCAGCUCCAGGUCUGCCGGCUCUCGCCUGCGCCCAACUUGGUCACAGCCAUGGGCAUGGCCACACCCCCAUUAAAAAAGAGGAGGGCUCAGGGCCUGCCCCAGCAGUGGCUACACCACGAAUUUCAUUACCAAUGGCCCUGAGUACUAUGAGAGAAAAAAUAGGUCCAGAAGAACCACCUGAGAAAAAGGCUGUGCUGAUGGGACCUGUGGAUCCUCCCCGUCCAACCUUGCCUCCCAAUAUCCUUCCUAGAAGCAAGUCUUCUGUCAGAGAAGAGCCACUGGAGGUGCCCCUUAACAUGGCAGGCAAUGGCAUCAGCAGCAUCAACAUGGCCCUAGAGAUCAAUGGCAUUGUCUACACUGGAGUCCUCUUUGCCCGUCGACCACCUACACUGGGCUCAGCCACCACCAACAACAGGAAUUCUCAGGGCCCAACAAGUCCUGGAUCUAAUACCCCUCCUGGUCCCCUCUCCAGUACCUCACCUUGAGACCUCAUACUCAAGAAUCUGGAGCCCCCAGCUAUGUCCUGGUCAUUGGAGGGGAGGGCAAACCCCUUUUAUUGUCUUCCAAUCCCCUCCCCAAUGUGAGUA